AUGGUCACUCGUGGCACUGUCCUGUCUAUGGGCACUGGUAUCCGCACCUUCGACAUCCUAACUGAACUCCUAAUGUUCCUCGCCGCAGUCCACCUCAUCUAUUCCCUGCAGAUGCGCCUUCUCGCCAAACUCCUCGUAAUCUUGGCCUUCAGCGCGCGCCUCCCCGUCAUCGCAAUCGCCGGCAUACGCCUCUACUACCUGGACUUACGACUUCGCGGGUCAAACUUCACUUUCGACUAUGUCAUCGCUACGCAAUGGCAGAUGGGGUAUGCGAUCAUGUCGAGUACGAUAACGGGUAUGGGUCCGUUCUUGAAGCCGUUUGAUAAGGAGUACGUGAGUAGUACGUAUAAGCAGUAUGGAGAGGGACAUAGUGGGAGUGGGAGUGGGGGGAGGUCGAGGAUGGAAAGUGCGUUGACGACGCGUUCGAGUGGGAUGUUACCGCCUUCGAGGAGACAGAUGAUGGGUCACCACCACCAUCAUCAUGGCCAUCAUAGGCGGUCGGCGGAUAACAUCUCGGAAUCGUAUCUCAUGGAUACGUUGCCCAGUCGGCGGGCGAGCAAGCAGUCCCUUGGAGAUCAAGACGGCUCCCAUGGUCUUGAAUUGAUGCAAUCCAGUAGUCCGACAAGAGCGUCGCCGCCGGGGCAUACUCACGGGUUUAUGACGGCGGAUGAGCAUUUUCGUCCUACGCAUAUGUAUCGUGGGCAUGAAGCGGAAGUUUGGGUUGGAGAGAGGAGUUUGAGCAUUACAAGGGAGGAGUUGGAUAAGGCUGCGGAGUCUGGGGGGAGUGGUUCCAAGUCUGGGACUAGGCUGGUUAUUGGGAAAAAGAAAGAGUUCAAGAUCGAGGUUGAUCGUGCGAGCCGUCUUGUGUAG